ACUCUAACUCUGCACAGGAAGAGGAAGCUCUCAAAUACUUCAGCUGUAUUUCAGCCUGAUGCUCAGUCAACUGAACAACAUGGCAGUUACAACUCUGUGCUUCAGGAUGAGUAAGUAACAAGUGUCAGGUUUCUGUAUGAGUUUAUAUUACCGGUUGAUUAUUUUUAAGGAAACACAUCAAGGAUUUAUAUAUUUUUUCUUUCUUUAUCAAGUGAUGGUUGAAUUUAUUCUGCUUGGAACACAAGUUCAGCAAAGCUGUACUUGGGAUCAGGAUGUCGCUGUUCCUCGUGUUACUCCAAACAGACUGCAGCACUUUGAAUAUGAAUCUGUGUCUUUGCAUUGUGAUGGCUCCACUCAGCUGAAAGGGUUUAGGAAUAAUGAAACAUUUAAUCCAGCAUGUGUAACAAAGAAGACAUCAUCAGGUUCCUCCUGUGUGUUUGAUAGAGUCUAUCAAGUAGACAGUGGAGAGUACUGGUGUCAGGCUAAAGGAGGAGAGUCAAGUAAUACUAUCAACAUCACAGUCACAGGUGGUUCUGUGAUCCUGGACAGUCCGGCUCUUGUUGUACUUGAAGGCAGCAGUGUCACUCUUCUCUGCAGAAAUAAGACAGCUUCCAUCAACUUUGCAUUUUUCUACAAAGAUGAUGUCAUCUUGGAAAAAAGAGCUGUAAAAAAGAUAAACAUUUACAAUUUUUCCAAGCUGAAUGAAGGCCUCUACAAAUGCAGCAUCCCCGAUGUCGGACAGUCACCAGAAAGCUGGCUGGCUAUGAAAGAGUUACCCGUAUCGCCUCAAGAAGACACUCGCCCUCAUGGUUCUGACUACAGAUAUGUCAUCGGCCUGCUUUGGACUGCCAUCUUCCUUUUGAUCAUGACAGUGGUGAUCCUGCAGGUUCGAUUUCUUCAUACGGGGAAAGGCAGAGAUGAUUCGAAUGAACUUGUGUACUCCAGUUUAACCAUUUGUGGGGCACAGCAAAGUUGCCAUCUGGCAGCCGAGGAUGACUUUAAGACUAUAGUGGUUUACUCAGCCAUGAGCACUGAUCAGAACCUGACUCACGUCAAAGGCAGUUUCAGACCUCCAGUUUUUCAGUCCUUUAAAACCAAGCGGAAUUAAUUUUGUCACAGAGAGAGACUCUGAAUGUCAAAGAACUGAGUGAAGCCAACUGAAAAUCAAGUAACCUGUGUUUUGUUUAUUAGAGUGAAUAAACACCCAACUACAG